AUGGCGGCCACAACUCCGAUCCCCGCAGCAGUCAGGGCGUUGGUCUUCUUGUUUUGGACCUUAGUAAUGUCGUUCGUCUGUUUCAACAGGUCGAUAUUCGUCUGGUCGAUCUGGGCCUUGCGGGCGCGCUCGGCUGCUUCGGGAUCAGCGAGGGUGGGUGGUUCUGCUGGCGGGGGAGCCAGUGUGCCGGAGGAUGCCGACCACUUCUGCGCCUGUGGUGAUGCUGGCGGGGAAGUCUGCGUACCGGAGGGCGUCGAGCCGCCGCCUUUCCCGGCGCGGCGAUUCAUGUGCUCGGGCACGGGCGCGGCCAACGACGUGGCAGAGGCAGCGAUGAGCGCGAUGGCAAUUGUGGCAGUCAUCGUUGUUCUCGUCGGGAGGGGGAUGGACGACUCAACCAGCGAGUGUACCGUGAAGAGAAGCACACCCGUGCAUGUGGCGCUCGGGAACUGGCCUGCCAAAGUCUGCAAACGUGCCCCUCUCGAUCGUCCACCUGCCUUCAUGGCAAGGAUGAAAUGGGCCGAGCACGUCAUUGGAACCCAUGGGAGCCGCCUUCGUGUGUACAUAGGACUUGGCCCGACCUGGUGGCCAGGAACUCCUCGCGCCAAACGUGACCCGGUGCAGCUGCAAGGCCCGAAGUAG